AUGUCUACAACAACUAAUUACACUGCUGAACAAUAUUCAUUGAAAAUCAAUGGUCUUGAAAAUCUUCCUCAAAUCAAUGAAACUAAAUCUAAUAGAGUCGAUGAACUGACUAACAUGAUUUUGAAUGAACUGAAAAUUAAUCAACUCUUUCCAAACGCUCAACUCAAAACUGCCAUUCAAUAUGUUUCCACUGUCUUCCAACAAUGUAAAUUCCCAAACAAUGACUAUCAUACUAAAGGAAUCAAGGAUGUUUGCUUCUGGACAUGUCUGUGUUUCCCUGAACUUGAUUCCACAACCCUCAAUCUAUAUUCAUUGAUCAUGUCCUACUUGUCUGUGGUUGAUGAUGCCUGUGAUUCUGAAAAGGAUAUUGAUGGUUUUUUAAGAGCUGAAUUACAAACACAUAUUAAUUGUUUGAAUAAUAAUGAAAAAUGUACAAACCAACAAUCUAAUCCAUCUAUUGAACUUGCUCGUUUCAUUAUUAGCCAAAUCAAGAGUGUAUUCAAUUGUGAGCAAUCCAAUUAUUUGAUUCAGGGAAUGGUUGAAUUCUAUGAACAUUCCUAUCAAAUUGCCUCAAUGUGGGCAAAUGACCAACAUCCAACACUGGAACAAUACAUUCAAUUGCGAGAAUAUGAUUCAUUGACAGAUAUGCUUCUCAAAUUGAAGUUAGUCACCAACAUGCCAUCCCUUAAUCUUGGCUUAUCUAGAUAUUUCCAAUUGUGUUGUCAUUUAUCUUCGAUGAUUAAUGACAUUUGUUCACUCCCAAAAGAUUUACAUUCAUCCAUCUCGAAUAACUAUGUUCUUCUCCUUAACAAUCAAACAGUUAACAUGGAAUAUGCCUUGACUAACUGUAUCGAAGUAUUGAAAGAAAUGAAGAGUUUGGAACAGACAGAAUGUGAACAAUACCAUGAUUUAGAAUCAAUGAAAUCAAUAGCAAGAGGAUACGUUGGUUGGUGUUUCAAAUCUCCUCGUUUCCAACAUGCCAAUCACUACAUUUCCUGUCUCUUGAAAGACAAUUCAUCAGCAUCAUGUUUCAUCCUCCUCUUCGUGUAUUACCACACAGAGAAAGGAAGACACUCCAAUCACCUACUUGGAUGUAAUCAUGAGGAGACAAGCCUUCACCAGAGAAGUAAAAUCAACAACAACAGCUACAACAACACCAUCAUCAGGAGAAGUAGUUGUAGACUUGAAGUCUCCAAUCAGUCCGGGAAGAAACACUGCCAUCUAAGAAGAAAUUUGGAUGAAGCAAUCUUUUUGUAA